CUAAAUACUUGAAAGAAGCGAUCGAAGAUAAUGAAGAUUGUUGUAUUUGCCUAGAUCCAUUAUCAUCACCACAGGUGAUCGACAAACAAAAGCAUGCGUGUCCAAUGUGUCGUAACCCUAUUCGUAAAGAACAAUUAAUUGAGCAACCCCUGGAUUCUGUCGAUGCUGACGAUGAUUCUAGUAAUUCGGAUAAAGGUUACGUUUCUAGCUCUAAAAUUGACGCUCUCAUGGAAUUCCUUAAAGAUUCAACCAGCAAAUCAGUAGUUUUUAGCCAGUGGACAUCUUUCCUUAAUCUGGUUGAACCCGCUCUUCAUCAUGCCAACGUCAAAUUUGUGCGAUUGGACGGGAAAAUGUCGCGUACUAAACGUGAAGAAGCAAUGAGAAUGUUCCAAUAUGAUCCAGAA